AUGAGACAUUGACUUUCCUUUCAGACUCGAGCAAUGAAUUAUGGUACUCGAUCAUCAACGCGCUUCCAAACACAAUACAAUGUUGGGACGCAGGAUCCCGCAUCCAGCAUCCACACAAUUUCAUGAUGAUGUCUCACCCCCUGCAAAGCGAUUGAAGACCUUCGAAAGUACGGAUGGCGAGGACUCUCGAGAUGUUUCUGAUGCAGAAUCAAUCGUACAGACGCCUCGUCGCCAUCGUGAAGAGAUCCCGGAUUCCGAUGACGAGAACGAAUCUGGAGACGAUGGCCCAUCUACCAUUCAACGGCCUGCUGAGCUCGAAAGUGCUUUACCUCCAAUUAAAACGGACAAGGAGGCAAUUGACGAGUAUGAGGCAAUGCGAGCAGCUGAAGAUGUCCCAGAAGAUCUGAAGCCUCGCUUAAGUCAAAGAAAUUGGACCAAAGGAAAGAGCUCUAUUUACGUAGAUGCUUUUAACCUUGCUCUAGAAACUGUCUUGGAAGAUGAAGGACAUCUUUUUGAUGAGAAAGAGAUGGAGGUCUUCAGGCAGUGGAGAGACUUGAGUUACGAAGCUCAAUACUUAUAUGUUCGAUUAUUUCUCAGGAAAACCUCUGCAUGGCAUCGUAUCAACCGUCUCGGAUACUAUGGCGAUGUCUCAGAUCUACCAUCUACCGCCCAGGCAUUGCAAAUCGUUAAGAUUUUGCCCGACUCAACUGCAGACGUCCAUGCAAACCCUGCUGAACUCAGUCCACCUGAAGGGACAAUGCUUGAAUCAUGUUUCAGCUUUGCAGACUGUUCAGAGGAGAUGAUUACGACCAUGGAAGAAGCGUCUUCUUUGCUCAAUCUUGAGGAAGUCAAAACCCUUGCAAAAGAAGCUAGGGUCCAAGGAAAGAAUAAGUCCGGUCUACUUCAAGCUCUUCGAAAGAUGAGUCGAAAGCAGAGCGGUCUUGCCUGGGUUGGUCUGAAACGAUCUGACAGCGAGCAGACCAAUGCUUCUGAAUCUGGAGAGAAUGAUGACGAGGAAGACUCGAUGUCAGAUUCGAACAGAGACAAGCACUUCCUCAAGAAAAUAUUGGCAACCACGGGAUCUUGUAUUCGGCUCUCGUUGGUUACAUUGAAACUUUUCGAGAGGGUGCAUCUGGUCUUCUACAGGUCUACUGAAUGGACUGAUAAGUCUUUGACAACCAUUAUACUUGCUCGCAUAUCUCGUCGAAACUUUCCAGACUAUAUUGUCUCACGGUCUGCAAACAUCUUCCCAUCCAGAUCAGAGUUACUAGAAUUCGAAGCAGCUCUUCGAACGCAAUUUAGAGUCGACAAUAUCUUAGAACUCAAUGGCAACCCGGGCAAAGCUGGUCUGGAAGAAGUGCUUUCCAUAUUCGAGGCAGUCUACCCGCGUUGGCAAGUAUUGUUGAAAGAAGAGCAACGAAAAGAAGACCGAGUCUACGAGAGUGGCGAAGGUGCCUAUCUUCGCCGUUUCUCACCAGCAUGGGUCUAUACACGUAUCGUUCACAAAGGUAUGUAUGUCCUUGGACGCUUUAAAAUGCACGAACGAGAGCAUGCUGUCACUUCUGAGCUUCUUGAUCAGCGACUGUUCCAUGCAGCUCGACGUGGUGCUUGGUAUCAGCGAAAAGCACUUCUGGAAGAACACUACAUGUAUGCUCUACAACCACCUUUUGGUAGCUCAGAUAUCGAGCAGCAAAAGAGACAUUGGAAGCGAGUCUCUCUGCGAACUUGCGAGGCUGGACUACAGGAUAAAGAUUGCCACAUGAUCUACCACUACGACCUCCAAAAACGGAUCCGAAAGCUUGAAAAGAACUUGAAAAUUCCGAAGCGUGAGCAACAUGAUUUCGGACAUGUCUCCUUAGCAAAACCAAUCGAAGUCACAGUCAAGGGUGUUCAAAUCAAGAAGGAAUAUCCACCUGCUAAACGGCGUCCAAGUGCUCAAGGUGAAGAGCGUCAACGUAGCACAAAGACAAUUUGGAUUGAUGAAGCGGAGGGUGGUGGUGAAUGCAGCGUCGAAGCUAUGUGCUUGUCUGAUUACCGAUCAAGAGGAUACAAAGGCUAUCAUGCUGAAGGCGGUAUCAUCCGUACCUUGUUUGCAUAUAUGUUCUAUGAUGUGCUUUUCGUGUACAUCCCCAACGUGUUUCAGACGGCAUAUCAGACCUGUCCAUUGGACCUGCAUACGGAUGCAUUCUUUCCUUCUCGAGCGUCCGAAAUCAACCAUCGAUUAGUUGAGAUUGGGAACGGGUCAGCAGCCGAUAUAAUCCGUGCUGUUGAUGCGAGGGAAAGAGAAAAGCGCACUUGUAUCAUUGGUCUGAAUUGGGAUUUUGAGCUAGACGAUUUAUUGGAAAUCGUUGGCUGUUUUGAUGGACAGGCGCUUGCCACUGUUUGUAAAGUGAUGGCGCAAGAGUACAGAGUACGAGGUGGUGGUAUGCCUGAUCUCUUUUUGUGGGAUACGGAGAAGAAGGAAGUUGUCUUCUCUGAGGUCAAGAGCGAGAAUGACAGGUUGAGCGAUACUCAGAGGUUAUGGAUCCAUGUCCUGACAGGUGCGGGCAUCAGAGUCGAACUCUGUAAUGCGGUGGCAAGAGAAGUCAGGAUUGUAGCUGCUGAGUGAGCUAGGUGCAAGUCUUUUGCAAUUUGGAU